GUCACUCCUAGUGACAACGCAAAAAUCCCCACUUUUAUCAUCGUUUCUUGCAAAAUCCAAAAUUAUAAAUCGUUAUUAAUUUAAAUUUUGCAAGUCAUUUAUCAUUCGUUUGUGUUGUUCACCAUGGCCGGAUUGUUUAGCACAAUUAUUAGAAAAAGCCCGCAAUUUUUGCAACUAGCGGCCCCUUCCAUCACAAAAACCACCAGGCGAGCAUUGUCACUCGCACCCACUUUAUGCGCCCCCCGAGUGCAGCAGCCCGCCCCCAAUUUCAAAGGUACAGCGGUCCUAAACGACUCCUUCAAAGAGAUUCAAUUAAGCGAUUACAAAGGAAAAUACGUAGUUUUGGUGUUUUACCCUCUUGAUUUUACGUUUGUGUGUCCCACUGAAUUAAUAGCGUUGGAUGAGCGUUACGACGAUUUUAAAAAAUUGAAUGCUGAGGUGAUUGGGUGUUCUAUUGAUUCGCAUUUUUCUCACUUGGGGUGGAUGAAUACGAAAAGAGCUGAAGGGGGUUUGGGUAAAUUGAGGUACCCUCUGCUUUCUGACAUUCAUAAAACGAUAUCCCGUGACUAUGAGGUAUUAUUAGAAAACGAAGGAGUUGCUUUAAGGGGGCUUUUUAUUAUUGAUCCUAAAGGUAUUCUAAGACAGAUAACUGUCAAUGAUUUACCAAUUGGGCGCUCUGUUGAUGAGACUCUUAGAUUAAUUGAAGCUAUACAGUUUGUUGAAAAGCAUGGAGAAGUGUGUCCGGCUAAUUGGCAGAAGGGGAGUAAAACAAUAAAGCCUGAUCCUAAAGGAUCAAAGGAAUAUUUUUCAGCAGUGAAUAAGUAGAUUUUUGGUAAUGAAAGGUUGUAAAUUAAGAUAAUGUUUAAUAAAGUGUACAUAAGUUUA